CUUCGCCGCUCACAUCCUCUCCAUCGCUCACAAUGUCCCCCAUCGCCCUCCCAACCCAGCACGCAGCCGUCCUCCACGGUGCCAAGGACAUGCGCUUCGAGGAGCGCACCCUCUGGCCCCCACACCAAGGCCAGGCUCAGGUUGCUGUAAUGGCCACUGGCCUGUGCGGCAGCGACUUGCACUACUACGCCCACGGACGUAACGGCGACUUCGUCGUACAAGCACCCCUCGUCCUUGGCCAUGAAGCAGCUGGUAUCGUCACCGCUGUCGGCCCCGGUGUCAAGAACCUCGUCCCUGGCCAGCGAGUAGCGAUCGAGGCAGGCAUCAUGUGCAACAACUGCUCCUACUGCGCCAAGGGCCGCUACAACCUCUGCAAGAACAUGCGCUUCUGCUCUUCCGCCAAGACCUUCCCCCACUCAGACGGCACGCUCCAGGAGCGGAUGAACCACCCCGCCCACGUCCUCCACCCACUACCCGAUAACUGCACCUUCGAGCAAGCAGCCCUCGCCGAGCCCCUCUCCGUCCUCCUCCACGCCGCCCGCCGUGCAGAACUGACGCCCGGCUCACGACAAUCCGUCCUCGUCUUUGGCGUUGGCGCCAUCGGUCUCCUCGCAUGCGCCCUUGCAAAGUCCUACGGGGCCUCCCGCGUCGUCGCGAUCGACAUCAACCAGACCCGCCUCGACUUUGCUCUCAAGCACGGUUUCGCAGAGCAGGUCCACUGCCUCCCCUUCGCCGACAAGGCCAAGACCACCGACGAGGCCCUCCGUCGCGCCAAGGAGAACAUCUCCGCCGCGCUCACCGAGUUCAACAUGCCCGACGGGUUUGACCUCGUCUUCGAGUGCACUGGGGCCGAGCCCUGCAUCCAGAUGUCCAUCCAUGCCGCCGUCACUGGGGGCAAGGUCAUGCUCGUCGGCAUGGGCUCGCGCAACGUCACUCUGCCCUUGUCGGCUGCCGCGACGCGCGAGGUCGACAUCCACGGGAGCUUCCGGUACGCGCACACGUACCCGACCGCGCUGCAGCUGCUCGCGUCGGGCAAGCUGCCGAACAUCGAGAAGAUCAUCACGCACCGCUUCGCGCUCGAGGACACCGCCCGCGCGUUCGAGCUCCUCCAGCGCGGCCGCGACGACGAGGGCAACAUGGUCCUCAAGGUCAUGGUCGGCUCGCAAUGACUGUAGACUCUCCACUCCUGUGCCUGAGACCGUUCCCGCCUACGAUGUCCUUCCUCCUCCUCACGCCCAUACUACCUCACGACGAGCGAUGACGACGCGUCGAGCCCUACGCGCGCCCGAGUUCUAUUGAUUUCUCUCCAUCUACUCUCGGCGCGGAUGUUCUGGGGUCGAACACGGUUUAGAAAAGUACACUCCUCAGCUCGCGCGCGCGGUGUGGCGCCCGCGCGUCAUCGCUCCCCACUCCUACCAUCCCCUCCCCCUCCCCGCUUCUGCACGCUAUCUUGCGUUCUCGCAUCUUGUGUCCGGCUGCCCGCUUCUGCGCUCCCAUGCUCGCGCUUCCCCUUCUCUCUCGCGGCCCCGUGUCCACGUCUUCCUUCUCGCAUCUCGCAUGGCACCGCGUCAUUUGAUGGCCCUCCACGCUUCGCGCCCGUGCCCGUGCAACCACAUGUGUACUACCAGGUCUCCCCUUCAUGUAUCCCUACUUUACUCUACUUCGCAUAGGUCCCGCUGCUCGCCGCUUGCCGCUUGCGCUCCAGUGUCCCGCUCCAGGUUACCCCAUUACCUUCUGCCCCACCCCUACUAUUGGGCCCCUGGUCCGCCCGCGUGCCCCUAUGUCUCGCGCGUAUCCGAAUCGUUCAUGCUGCGGCGUCGUCGGGCUCGAGGCUCGGAUGCCAUCUAUGUAGCUAGCAUACCUGGUCGCUUUUUUGCCUAUCGCAUUGCUCUGUGUGUUUACAUCCUAUCUAUCCCCUCCGAUUUUGCCAUCGAUCCUCUAGCAUCCCGCCC